AUGGUUUUAAUAUAUCGUGUGGCUGUGAUGCCUCCCAAAAAAAGAAGGUCUAAGAAGGGUUCGUCGACACAAAAGAAGGUUCCAUCGACACGAAAAGAUAAAUCUGUUGUUGCUAAUGAUGGAUUAGAUGUAAAAUUGAUGAAAGAGUCUGUUGAUCACGAUGAAAAUUCAGAUUCAAUUGUUGCUGAAGUGUUGAGAAACUUGAUCGAUAAUGUUGAAAAAGAAAAUCAUCAUAUGCUGGUAUUAAUUAACUCGAAUGUUGCUGAGCAGGAUGUGAUGAAAGGACAAAAACGUUUCUUGGAUCAGAAUGAUGAUAAAGGUGAGAAUGAAUCAAAAAAAGUAAAAUAUGUCAAAUAUGAUGAAUUUAAUGUUCUUGAAAAUAAAUUUAUACAAAUGGAAUCUCGAGUUGUGAAACUCGAAAUUGAACGUGAUGGUCAUAAAGGUGAUUUGAAUACACCAAAUUUAAAACUUGAUCAACUUGAAAAAGAGUAA